AUGCCGCUGCCCGUCCAGGUCUUUAACUUGCAGGGUGCAGUGGAACCCAUGCAGAUUGAUGUAGAUCCACAAGAAGAUCAGCAAAAUGCACCUGAUAUCAACUAUGUGGUGGAAAACCCCACUCUGGAUUUGGAGCAAUAUGCAUCCAGUUACAGUGGUCUGAUGCGAAUUGAGCGUCUGCAAUUUAUUGCUGAUCACUGCCCACAGCUGCGGGUGGAAGCUCUCAAGAUGGCACUGUCAUUUGUCCAGAGAACUUUUAAUGUUGAUGUGUAUGAAGAAAUCCACAGAAAGUUGUCUGAGGCCACCAGAGAACUGCAGAAUACACCUGAUGCUGUCCCUGAUAGUGGAAUCGAACCCCCUCCUCUUGACACAGCUUGGGUUGAAGCUACACGCAAAAAAGCUCUUCUUAAACUGGAGAAACUCGACACAGAUCUAAAAAACUACAAAGGGAACUCCAUCAAGGAGAGUAUCAGGAGAGGCCAUGAUGACUUAGGUGAUCAUUACCUUGACUGUGGGGACCUCAGCAACGCUCUCAAGUGUUACUCACGAGCCCGUGAUUACUGCACCAGCGCUAAACAUGUUAUCAACAUGUGUCUCAAUGUCAUCAAGGUUAGUGUCUACCUCCAGAAUUGGUCUCAUGUUCUGAGCUAUGUAAGCAAGGCUGAGUCUACGCCAGAAAUUGCAGAACAAAGAGGAGAGAGAGACAGCCAGACACAAGCAAUUCUCACCAAACUGAAAUGUGCAGCAGGCUUGGCUGAAUUAGCUGCUCGGAAGUACAAACAGGCAGCAAAGUGCUUCUUGUUGGCAUCAUUUGAUCACUGUGAUUUCCCUGAGCUGUUAUCUCCUAGCAAUGUGGCUGUGUAUGGUGGUCUGUGUGCUCUUGCUACCUUUGACCGUCAGGAACUGCAACGAAAUGUUAUCUCCAGCAGUUCCUUCAAAUUGUUUUUGGAGCUGGAGCCACAGGUUCGUGACAUCAUCUUCAAGUUUUAUGAAUCUAAAUAUGCUUCAUGCCUGAAGAUGCUGGAUGAGAUGAAGGACAACCUGCUGCUGGAUAUGUACCUUGCACCUCAUGUCAGGACACUUUAUACUCAAAUUCGAAAUCGUGCCCUUAUUCAGUACUUCAGCCCCUAUGUGUCAGCAGAUAUGCACAAGAUGGCUACUGCUUUUAAUACCACGGUGGCUGCUCUGGAAGAUGAACUUACUCAGCUGAUCCUGGAGGGACUGAUCAAUGCCAGAAUAGACUCUCACAGUAAGAUUCUUUAUGCUCGAGAUGUUGACCAGCGCAGCACAACUUUUGAGAAGUCUUUACUAAUGGGCAAAGAGUUUCAGCGACGUGCCAAAGCUAUGAUCCUGCGAGCUGCAGUCCUGCGCAACCAGAUACAUGUCAAGUCUCCUCCAAGAGAAGGUAGCCAAGGGGAGCUUACUCCAGCUAACAGCCAGUCCAGAAUGAGCACCAACAUGUGAAAAACUUCAUACACUACCAAAAGAAAUGGUCCCUCUGGGACUCUCUCUAGUGUCUCACCCACAAACUGCAGAGCUUAACAACUGUCUCUGUCUCCCUCACUUUUGGCUUGGAUUGAGAGGGUCAGGGCUGAUGGUGGAUAAUACGAAUAUUCCAGUAACUUGAAUUCUCCUUAAAAAGAAAUUUAUAAAAACAGCAUCCCUGCAAUGGGUUUUCAUUUUGCUUUUGUUAGGACUAUCCCUCCAUUCUCCUUCAUCCACCAUGAAGAGUUGGCACGUUAUUUGUACAGAUGCUGAUUUUUUUCCAGCUGCUAUUAGUUUUUGUUUGUUUGUUUGUUUCAACGCUUCAAAAAGAAGUAGUGUUAACUUGAAUAGACAGGAGUGAUCUAAGAUGAAUUUCACUGGCCUGAAAGUAUCGCCUUGAUUCUGAGCAAUGCUGUGCUUUCUGUUUAUUUCUAAGUGCAUUGCUUUCAAUUAUGGAACUGGAGUUCUGAUGGGAGAGGCAAUUAUUUUGUGAAACUCUUAAUGAUAUUUUUCCUACACCUUAAAACAUGGCACCACUUCAUGCAUUCAGUCACAGGCCUUUAUUUUAGGGUGUUAUGUUUACCUAGAUCCAUGUUCUUUCCCUUUGGUCUCUGUUUUCAAGACCUGUUUCCUGAUAUGUUUCCACUUGCAUGUGACCUGUCUUUGGGGUCCAGUGUUAGCAUAGCAGUAAAUCUCUUAGGCAAAUACUACUGCUGCUUGUCUAGUCUCACUGACACAGUGCAUGAUGGUUUCUCAACAUGUUCAGCAAUUACUUCUGGCAGCAUGGAUAAAUGCCGUAAAAUACCGUGCAAGUCCUGGAGCAGAGCUGAAAAUAGUCAGUCUGGGUGCCUGCUCUCCAGGUGCAUUUAUUCUGCUUUUCUUUUUAUUAAGGGAUUAAAGGUGGCAGCCCAGGUGUGUUUGUGUUUUGUGUUAAUGAAAGAAGACAUGCACUGAAUUUUCUGAUUUCACUGCAGCCUUGCAUUCAUCUAAUCCAUAAGGCAAGCUAAGAAUUUUGAUCCAGCCCUGACUUGUCUGGCAACUGACUACAGAUGUUACUGUUAAUACUUUUUUUUUUUUAAUAUGUUGUUACACCUAGUGCAUUAAAAAUCAGGAUCAAAAAGCUUCUAAGUGUUUGGAGUUCUGUAUUAAAGUUGGUUUCUAGAUAUCAUGAUCAAGCUACUGAUUUUUUUGCCAAGCUUGCUGAUAUUUUAUAGGCUGCUAUAUUUUGCCUUCAGGUCUGUUUGGAGUUGUGGUUUGGAUGAACUGUGAAGAAUGUGGGAUUUGAAGGGAAUUCCUGAUUUGCAUGUAACAGUGCUCUUUCCCUCUGACUUUCUGUGCUUUUGAUAGGUGCUGAAAAUGGAAGCAGCAGUAGUUCCUGUGAGGUCUUUGGGUAAGCAAGUUUGGCAUGGAAAAAUACUUCUCUUUUAGAGGAGCAAAAGGAUAGACCUCGUUAAUUAAGAACUUUGAGUCCAACAUCACUGAUUACCAGUUUUGAGAGAAAGGCAGGUCGACUACUCAAGUAGAUUGCUGUGCAGUGUUGCAGAAAUGCUGGGAAAGUCAUUUUAAUGCCUUCUGCUCAUGCUGAAGGGAAAACAUUUAGAUCUAUCUAUUCCUAAAAUGGACCAGUGAUACCGUUUUUAAGGAAAAGACCUUACGCCCUUCUCUGGAAAAGAUGGUUUUGAAACCCAAUUAAGUGCAUCAUGUCAGCCAGCUAUCUUUUCCUACAUGCAUCUCCUGUUCUCUUGAUUUUAUUAGGCUACUUGCAUUCCAUCCUGUAGGCUUUCUACUGAAGGAAUCCUCAAUUGUAAAUAGAAGUUUUCUGCCUCUUCAGCAUGCUGUCUUGAGAAUCUCUGUUCUUUCAGCUGCUAAAAGCUGUCCACUCUUGGGAAAUGGCUAGAAGUAAGUGUCCUUUAGCAGUCAGCAUUAAGCCCACUAAGUUGCAAAAGCAGUUUCUGACUCUUGCUGUGGCCCAAAGCAGUUCCAAAGCUAAAGCAGAGAUUAUUAGUUUCUUCUCUCCAGACAAAAAUACUUACAACUUCUUUUGGAGAGCAUUUUUCUCUUCUUGCUUAGCCCAUUGGCACGGUUCAAGUUCAGCGUAUGCUUUGGUAUGGAAUUGUUGGCUUGUAAUUCUUCAACCUGUGAAAGAAGCUGUUGUUGCUCUAGAGUCUUGUAGAUUUGAUUCAGGUUCAUCUAGCUGUAUUUCUUCCAAACUUUGCUUAACUCCUGCUUCAGUCUGAACAACAUGCCAGUCCAAAAAUCAGGAAAUACAACACAGCACAGAUAUAGUUCUGUAUAACUUGCAUUCAUAUACUAUUACCACAACUGAAAGAUGUCUUAUCUUAAAUGUCUAAGAGGGAAAAAGUAAUAUAUGAGAAAAUGACUCACGUGAUGAAUCUUCAGUGAUUCUCUGUGACCACUGAGCUAAUUCAGGGAAUAAAGAUUUAUGGUUUCUAUAGCUUGUUGCUAUGUCCAGGGUAUGUUCACUGAUACUUCAUUUAAGUAGACUUCAUGAAUGUGUGCAGCAGCUUUUGUUGAUAAGGAAGGAGAUAUCAGUGGUAGCCCAUAUUUGAUGGUGUCCUCAUGUGGAGUAAUUUUUAUUUUUUACCUGACCUGCUUAGGGAUUAAUGAAAAACUGAAUAAGCCUUUUUAAGCAAAGGCAGUCAUUUUUAAUUAGCAAAAUUAAUUUGAGUGUUAAUGCAGAAACUGUUGUUAUAAGAGUAUGUUUGAGCAGCUGGGGAUGCUUGAUCAUUAUCUGGCUAGAACCUAACACAGUGGUCUAUGUUGGUAAGACUUGUAGAGGGAAGUCUGUGGGGAGGGAUUAUUUUAGUGUUUAGCAUGGCUGCAUGCACCAUCCUCAUCCAUAAGCUGCUGUCAUUUGAGAGAUUUCAGUGGGUGAGGGAGAAAAGAAGAAUUCUGUCUCUGUUCCCUGCCAUGAACAUACGAUCUGUAUACUGGUUUCCGGGACUCUAUUGUAACCUUGUCAGCAUCAGUUCCUAGCUGAGUUGAAAUUUCAGCAUUGUUCCAUCUUCUGCACAGUUUCCAAAACUGCUGACAAAUAAUGUUAUCUCUAAUGGAAGCAAUGUAGUAUAAGAAAGCAAAUAAGGAACCUUUAAUAACAGCAGCAUCAACACUACUGAUAAAGACCCAUUGUGGAAAAU